AUGUCUCCCCGGCCUGGCUUUCCAAUUACGCAUACUUCAUCGCAUCGCAGUCUCUCGGAAGCUCUCCGCGCAGUGCGCUCGCGCGAAGAGCAGGAGACACUGCUAGGCGACGGGGAUGAGGAGAUUGCGGACCCAGAUGGCUGUCUGAGGGCGUAUGCGGGACCCCAGCAAGUGUUCGUGCCAGACCCACAUGCUGGGUUGCCGGUCUAUGUAUCAAUUCAUCGGAUCCGAAGAAUUGUGUUGGCCAGCAUUGAUGACCCAUACACCGUGGACCAACUCAAAGAGCCGAGAAUGAAUGUUUUGAUCGUGAAGCCGCUUGUUGACCGUCUAUAUGAUCCAGAUGAUGUCUCAAUCGUGUAUUGUCUGCUUGUCAAUCGUGUACAGUUUCUGCGCGAGCAAUCAUAUCAACAUCAUCAUCAAAGUGUCAACGUCACCCGAGCGAACCUCUGCGAACUUUUAGCCAUGAAGCUGCUCCGCCGAUAUGACGAAGACGUUACUGGACGACCCGGGCUUCUUCUACUUGCCAAUAUUCUGGUCGCUGGCUUUGAUCCAUUCCAAAACGCGCCUCAUGAAGUCUGUGAAGAGGUGCCAUUUGCCCGUAUGUCAUUGAUAUCGCGAGGCGGUUAUGAGGGCAAGUCAAAUGCACUGGAAAUCUCUAUCAUUUCGGAGAGCAAGAUGUUUCUCAGCAGUACCGCCUGCCAGAAGGUAGUGGAUGCUGUUUACUAUGGGCGGAUUGUCUACACGCCAAAUGCAUUCAUCGACAUCAUACCUGACCACUACAAGCACAAGCCAAUUUCAUUGUAUGAUCCACGGAAGGCCCCGCUCUUAAACCAGUAUCGCUUGAUCGUUCCAAGGUCUCGCAAUAUCAUCGAGAUUUGCCAGUUUGCAAUCCUCCUGCUGCUAUACUGUCUCUGCAUGGCACACCGAGACCACACGCGAUUCACAGGAUAUGAGGUUUGCUUUGUCGUCUACGCCGCAGGCUGGGUUCUCGACGAGUUUGCCUCGAUGCUUGAGCAUGGAUGGCAUGUUCACACACAGAAUCUCUGGUCGUUCCUCGACAUUACCUUCGUCGUCGUUUACGUCAUCUAUCUCGGCAUGCGGUUGCAUGGAUGGACAGUCGGGAACAUGGGGGAAUGCCGCCAAGCUCUCGAUAUCCUCGCAAUCGCUGCCCCUAUCCUUCUCCCUCGUCUGGCCUUCAACCUGAUGCCGGAAAGCAUGCUCUUCAUCUCCCUACGCGCCAUGAUGGCCGACUUCACCGCCCUCAGCCUCAUCGCCGUCUGGUGCUUCGGCGGCUUCCUGCUCGCCAUGAAGUGGCUCAGCAUGGGCAACACCAGCGUCGACCCGGAAGACGCGCCAAACUCCAUCACUAUCUCCAAAUGGAUGCUCUGGAUCUGGUUCGGGCUCGACGGCACCGGCAUCCAAGAGUCGCCCACUUUCCAUCUAAUCCUUGGCCCAGCCCUAAUGACCACCUACGCCUUCCUAGGCAAUACCCUCUUCCUCACGAUCCUCGUCGCCAUCCUCUCCAAUACCUUCUCCAAGAUCGCCGCCGACGCAACCGCAGAGAUCCAGUUCCGCCGCACCGUCCUCACCUUCGAGGGCGUCAAAUCCGACGCCAUCUUCGCCUACCGCCCGCCCUUCAACAUCCUCGCCCUUGUCAUCCUCGUGCCGCUCAAGUUCCUCAUCUCCCCGCGCUGGUUCCACAAAGUCAACGUCUUCGCCGUGCGCGUGCUCAACGCGCCCAUCCUCGUGCUCAUCGGCCUCUACGAACGGCGCUAUCUCUGGAAGAGCAAGAAAAUGGGCCAGAAUGGGCCGCUGAAAAAGGGCAAGGAGAGCUGGUGGAGCCUGUCGAGCUUCAAUGUGCACGCAGAUAUCCAGGCCGUGUUUGAGAGCGAGCCGCCGCAGAGUGUGGUGGAUCGGAUUGAGGAGGAGGAUGAGAUUGAGGAUGCGAUUUUGGAGAAUAGUUUUGCGGCGGCGAGGGAGGCGAGUCCGGCGACGCAGGUUAGGCGGAGGCGGUUUUCGAGUGUGUGGCAGGGGUGAUGAGUGCUGGGAGUUUGGGAUGAAGGCGGCGGUGGGGUAGUGAGGAUGUCGUUGGAAACGUCUUAGAUUUGGAUAGAUUGCAAUGGAAUCAUUUACCUAGAGAAAGCUCAAUAGGG